AUUUCCUCGUUGCUUAUCAUCGUUCGCUUACUACGUACUGUGACUACAGAUAUAUUUUAAAUAAAUAACUAUUGGUGUUAUCAAUGGAAUGUAAUAAUGUUUGUUAUAUAUGUGGUGGUGAUGAAUUCACUGUAAUCGAUGGCGCUUAUGUAUGUAAUGAAUGUGGUAUUCAGUCUCAGACUGUAAGAGAAGUGCAAGUAAAUUAUGGUGAAAAUAAUAGAAAUGGACCAGAUGAAAGUGAAAAUAGAGAUUAUGAAAUGACAACUGGGUCUCAAUUGAGUACUAACAAAAAACUACUGUCGUGGGAAUGUUUCAAUUUAAUAUUACUAGGACUUACACAAGAAGUAAUUGAACUUGGUGCAAAACCAUCACUGAAAAUUACAAUAUUGCAAAUAUGGGUUCAAUAUUUGCAAGUAAUUGAAGCUGCAUUCAUAUCAAAAAAAUCAAAAAAAUUUCCUAAAUUAAAUACUUCUAUAAUUGAUACAGAUGGUGAAAUUUUAUAUGGGAUUAAAAAUUUAAAGAAAAGAUUAUUAGGACCAAAACAUGUAUAUAAAGUACGUGGUAAAAGAGUAAAACUUCGAACAAGAACAUCUGUUUCUGCAAAUUCAAUGAAUCAGUCUAACAUUUCAUCCAUUCCAUUAUCACAAGGUCAACAGCGGUAUAGAAUUAAUCGUAGAUUGGGUAAAUUAGAUCUUUCUCUAAGAACUUCUAAUACUGAUUCGAUUAUCAUGUCUGAUGAUAUCAGUGUGCUACAAAGAAGUUUAAAAUCUGGUAAAGUCAAAGUUAAAUUGUCUUCAUCUAUGAAAAAAGCAUUGAACUCGAUGGAUUGUGAAUCUAUUCCUAAUGAUGAAAAACCUAUCUUAAAAAACGUUCAAAAAUCAUGGGAGAACAUAAAAUUUAAAGAUAAAAAAAACCAUUUGACUUUAAAAAAGUUAAUUACUAUCAUUCGUUUAGGAUUAUUAAUUAAUAAAGAUGAUAUUUACUUAUCAGAUUUACUUAGAUGGAUUUAUGAAGGACAUCUUCAUGUAAAUCGUGUUAAUCUUUUUUUACCUCCAAAUGUACACCAUAGUAUUCCAUUAUCAGCUAUGUUACGAAAUACAUCAAGGCAUAGUUUGCAUUUGGAAUUAGCCAUGUUAUUGCGGUAUUUACAAGCUGAACGACUACCUUCAAUUGACUUUAAAAAGCUUGCUGACCGAUUUUGUGAUGAGUUACAACUUCCUGUUGGUGUCACUGAAUUUGUUUGUAAACUACUGCUUUUAAUACCACCUAACAUGGAGUUCAAAAGAGUUUUACCUGAUCCUGAAAUUAGUGUUAUGUCCUAUAUACUUUUCGCUGUUAAGUUUUUAUUUUGUCUUGAUGGUAUUUCUGAAGAAUUCUCGUCUAGAUUUGCAGACAAUGUUAACAGAACAAAUAAAGUAGAAGAUAGGUUAUUUAGUUGGAAUGAUUAUGUCAAGUUUAUCGAAUGUAGAAAUGCUGUAGUUUCUAAGUAUAAUUUUCUGCUACAUAAACAGUUAUAUAGUAGUAGUAUUAGAAAUACUCAAUUAUUUAUAAAUGACUGGAAUAUGAUGCAGUCAACAUUGCCAGUACAAAAAAAGUAUCAAUUAAAUAAUGUAUUUAAAGACAAUACUGAAUGUUUAUUGAAGUCAUUGCCAAAUUUUGAAAGAAGUCAAAGUUACAGAGAAAUACCUCAUUCUACUAAACCACUUACCUCAACANUUAAAUGGAUAUUUGAUUUUCAUCCAAUGGGAUUGACUGAAAAUGCUAGUAGUAUAUUACGUCAUGAUUUCACCAAAGCUGACAUAUCAUAUUUAACUAAUGAAGAAAGAUUAAAAAAUUUAUCAAGAAUUUGCAGAGUUCCAGUAGAUAUAAAAUUUGAUAAACCUCUACACUACAUCAAAAGAAAAAAUGAGAAAAAAGAUUUAUCGGACCCAUAUAGUGGUAAACAUUUAUCAACUACAGCUAAAGUUAAUGUACAACUAAUCGAUUGGCCAAUAGAGAGAACUCAGACUAAAAAAAUUGAAACAUUAGAUUUUAUUAAUAAAAAACAGAACUCAAUAUAUUUAGGGACAGCCACAUACACAUUAUCAACCUAUACAGAAGUGUAUUGGAAUCUGAAUCAUAAGUUCGUGAUGGCCUAGCGAUAAGAUUUGUCUCUAUGUUGACUUUAUUCGCGCGGUCUAAUAUCAUAGUGUGUUUCUUUUUUGUACAUGAUUUCUGGUAUACAUUCGAUUACCGGCUGCUAUUGCUCAGCAACCAUGUCAAUGUAACAAAUUUAUUGUAGAAUUUUACAAAUAAUUCACUUUAUGUAAUUUGUUACUACAAUAAAAAUUAUUAUUGUUUUUUUUUUUUAGUACUUAAUAUUGAAAUAUUAAGUUACGGUAUCAAUCUCAUUAGAAUUUAUUUUGUAGUUUCAAAUUCAGUGUUAAAAUAAAACCUUAAAUCAAAUUUAA